AUGUCUAUCCCACUUGCCGGCACUUACAAGAUCGUCAACGCCAGUUUCCAGACCAAUCAGUUGUUUGACUUGCAAGGUGGAGGUGUCAAACCAGGAACCCCUAUCGUUGCCCGCAGCAACGCCAAGUUCAAGAACGGCGAUAACGAAAUACUCUGGACGUUGCAAGUGUUGCGCAACGCGAACCCAGGCAUGAUCGUCAGAUUGAUCAACGUCGCAGCCGGCACAUUCGCUCAACCCACGGCUGGAGUUCCGAGCAACGGUAGCGCUGUCGUCGGUGAUGGUACUGUCGCGGAGUGGCUCCUCGCUCCGACUGCCACCCUCGGACAGUACUCGAUCCAGACCGUUGAUGGGAUGUUCGCCUGUUCCCUUUCCGCUGGCGUUGAUUUCACUGAGGUGAGGCUACAGGCCACUAAUUUAUCGGACGCCCAGCAGGCCUGGGUGUUUGCCCCCGCCUAAGUGUAGCUGUGAGACAAUAGCUCAGGUUAUCGAUUGAAUGGCGGAUUCAGUGAAGCUUGUUGUUGAGGUCGUGUAUCAGUUAAC